AUGCCUCUCUCAAUCUCCACUCUGUUCUUCUUCUUCUUCCUCCUCUUCAAUCUCCAACCUUCAACCUCCCAACAACAAUUCAAAUCCUUCAACACCUCACUCUCACCAUGGCUCCCCUCACAAAACAAGACCCUCACCUCACCAAACUCCAACUUCACAGCUGGUUUCUUCCCCAUCCCAAACUCACCAAAUCUCUUCACUUUCUCAAUAUGGUUCUCCAAAAUCCCUCAUUCUUCAGACCCCAUCAUCUGGAGCAUCUCAACAAAACUCAACUCAUCUUCUUCUCUCAUCAUAACCCAAAAAGGUUUAGAAAACUUGUUCUUCAUGAUGAUGGAAAUUUGA